AUGCGUGUGAUACCGUCAUCACGAACUCAAUUGUUUCCUCAACCUUUUGAGCCUCUCUUACCUCUUCCUACAUCUUCCCAUAUCUCGCCAUAUCUCGACUUCCCCAAAAUGUCUCAACCAAAAUAUCAAACUCUAGGCGCCCGAAAGCAGAGAGAACAAAGUCUUCUCAUUCCCCCAGCAUGGAGGAUUGAUCCGAAAGAUUACACUACUAGCUAUGGGAAGACUGCAUCUGUUCAUGUUCCGGCGGAAGAUUCGGGGUUCUGGGAGGGCAAUGAGUGGGAGAUCACGGAGAGGAAUGAUGCUAUUGAUGUUGUGGAGGGGAUCAAGGCGGGGAAGUGGAGUGCGGUGGAGGUGACGAGGGCUUUUUGUAAGAGGGCUGCUGUUGUUGGACAAUUGGUUAGUUUACUUGUCUCUCUCGUUCUCGAUUUAUAUUGUGACCUUCCUUGUGUUGGGGGAUAUGAGCACCGCACGACUGGUACUCUUGUGGCGGGUAUUAGCAUCGGGAGUGGAUAGCUCUUGUUGUUCUACAUAGUUGCAAGUUUGAUUUCAGAUUCUGAGUAAUUGAAGUUAUUGACCUAGAUGUUUGAAAGAACGAGUUUAGUUAUCCAAGAACUCUAGAACACACACUACUUAAUCUAGUGACAACUUACUGAUAUCUCACUCUAGACAAACUGUUUAACGGAAAUAAUGUUCGACGCAGCUCUCAAGCGCGCCCAAGACUUAGACACCGACCAAAAAUCCCACAAACCCCUCGGUCUCCUACACGGCCUCCCCAUAUCUCUAAAAGACAGCUACCAAAUCCCCGGCAUCGACGCAACAAUCGGCCUCACAGCCCUCAUCUCCCACCCCUCAACCUCCUACUCUUCCCUCCCUGCCCUCCUCCUCUCCCUCGGCGCAGUCCUCUACGUCAAAACCAACGUCCCUCAGACCAUGAUGACCGCCGACUCUCACAACCACGUCAUUGGACGCACCGUCAACCCUUACAACACCUCUCUCACAGCAGGCGGGAGUUCCGGUGGUGAAGGCGCGUUGAUCGCUUUGAAAGGGAGUGUCCUUGGCUUUGGGACGGAUUUGGCGGGCAGUAUUAGGAUUCCGGCGAUGUGUGAUGGCGUUUAUGGGUUUAAACCUAGUGCGGGGGUGGUUCCCUUUGCGGGGCAGCGGAUUCCGAUCGUGGAGGGGUGGGAGGGCGUGGGGAUUAAACCUGUGUCGGGGCCGUUGGCGAGUACGGCGAGGGCUUGUAGUUGGGUUGUUGGGGAGGUUGUUAAGGCUGGAGCUGUGGAGUGGGAUGCGGAGUGUUUGAGGAUGAGGUGGUUAAGCGAGGAGGAUAGGGAGUUUGAAAGGUUGAGAGACCCGAGGAAGUUGAGGAUUGGAGUUGUGAGGGAUGAUGGGCUUUUUUCAACUACUCCGCCUGUGAAGCGAGGGUUGGAGGAAAGUGUUGCGAAAUUAGAGGGCGCGGGUGUUACUGUGGUUCCUAUCCAGCUCCCCGUUAUGAAGGAGGCGGGCGAGCUUGUGGGUGGACUAUUGACUAUAUAUGGGAAUGAGGUAGGUUCUCCGUUCACCUGUGGCUUUACUUUCUCUCCCACAAGAAGUCUUUUUCAAGCAACUAAAACAACACAGUACCUCAAAACCCACCUAAACCAAACAUCAGAGCCUCUCAUUCCCUCAGUAAUCAACAUGAAACUCGUAGACACCACUUCCACCCCUCCACCACCAAGAACCAUCCCAGAAUACCUAGCACUCCACAAAAAACACACAGACAUCGCAGAGAUAUACAAUAACCUCUGGAAAGACCAUCAGAUCGAUGCUAUCAUCAUGCCACCCGCGCCUAACACGGCCGUUCCACACGAUGCCUGGGGCACGGUUAGUUAUACUGUGAUUUGGAGUCUGAUGGAUUACCCGGGGUUUGUGAUUCCGGUUGGGAAGGUUGAGAGUGGGGAUGUUGUUGAGACGGAGAAGGAGUUUUACUGGGAGGGUGAUAGGGGAUUUUAUGGGCUUUGUGAGUUUUCUCCUUUUUUGUUUGCUUUCGAUUGAUGGGGGUUUGGGAUGGAUGAAUAUAGAGUAUAGGUGAUGGAGGGAGCUUUUACUGAUUCUUGUCUAGAUACUGGACCUGAGGAUUAUCGAGGAGCACCGAUUGGGGUACAGAUCGUGGGGAGGAAACAGGAUGAUCAGGCUUUGGGUGUUGUUGUUGGAGUUAUAGAUUCUAUUUUGAAUGGGGGGAAGAGUUGAAGAUUCUUUGGUGUAGAGGAUGUUUUGAGAUGAAUGAGUAGAUUGCUGUGAGUAAUGAGUGUCUACUCAAUUGUUGGCUAUGAUGAUACAGAUAUUUCCUAUAUCAGUAGUGUUGGAGGAGGCUUGUGAAGGAUAUGGGAAAUACAGUUGAAGAAAGGCAGGUGAAUGAAGGGCUUGCCUAGGUGAAUAAUCCAUGACCCCUUUUCGCUAGAAAAAGAUUAGUAGAAAACAUAUUAGUAGAAAACAUUCACUAGAAAAGAUUCGCUAGAAAAGAU